GCAAUACACGUGGGCAAAUAUAUGUUUUACGUAGUUACUGAAAUGGCGUAGUGCAUUGAAAUUAUAUCCAAACGAUCCUUAUCAUACCAUCUGGGAACAUAUCAUUUUCACAGCAUUUUUGAUCUUGACAACCCUCACUGCGACGAAAUGUUAUUAAGACUAUAUCAUCUCGCCAUGUGGUUCACUCAGCCAAUAAACGACAUGAGGAUCAAUAGUAACGUGAUGAAUCCUACGCAGGUGGCGUCAGUAUUAAAUAUUUAAUGAUGUAGCCGCGGUUAUGAUAUAGGGAUGAUAUAUGUAUGCAGUUGCAAUGCUUUUGUAGGCUCAGACGUUGGAUAAUUCUACUUCUUUGGAACACCAUUUGAAGAGGGUAACUUCAAUGUGGAUUUGAAGUUGGAUCAGUAACUCUAGAAAAACAGAUCAUCAACUGCACCAACAAAUAUGGCGAGUGGUCCAUCAGAAACCAUACUAGAGGAUUUUCUCUCUUGUGGAAUUUGUUUAGAACCAUACAAGAAGCCAAAGAUCCUUCCCUGUGCUCACACCUUUUGCGAAAGGUGCCUAAAAGCCCACACGAAACUCAAGAGGAAGUUCUCCUGUCCUCACUGCCGGCGACAGGUUAUUCUACCACCGGAAGGAGUGAAAGGGCUCGGCGAUAACUUCUGGAUCGGAAGCUUCCGCGAUAUCCUGGAAGCGCAGAGGCAGUCGCUGGGAAUUGUGGGAGCCGGAAGGAAGCUGUGUCAAGAACACGAAGGGGAACAACUGAAGUACUUCUGCAAACGCUGUGACGUCACCAUAUGCUCAGAUUGCAUCAUCUUCAACCACAAUCAGCAUGACGUCACCAAAAUUGGACAGGUAAUACAACAAAAGCGCGAAGAGAUGGAAAGUCAGAUCGAAGAGGAGAAACGGAAUCUUCGGAAAUUCGUGUCGAAACUUGACACCCUGGACAUGGCGGAGAAGGAGAUCCAUGAGAGAAAACAUGACGUCGACGUCCAAAUCCGCCUCUGUGCUCAGAGGAUCUUGGACGAGAUUGAGAAAGAGCGUGACGCUUUGUUGGGAGAAGUUUCUGACGCAGCAAAGAAGAGAAUAGAGGUGAUAUCUGAACGUAGGAAAGUCGUGCAGCAAGACUUAGCCGAACGGAUGGCGAUCAUCGAACGAGUCAACAAAGCAUCUGCAGCAGAGGAUCUCGUUGAGAUGAUGUCAAUAAAAGAUACACUCAAGCAAACAGGCAGAACGGCAAUCGAUGACUUUGAAAAUGACCUGACCAUUCCAACCUUGAACGUCGUUUUCCGUGCGAUGCAAGUCCCACUGGCCAACUUUAAACUGGGAUUCAUUGAAGAGACGGCAAUUGAUGCAGACAAAGGCAAGAAAAAUGGCGGCUCCCCACACGACAAUGAGAGCUUCUUCACACUGGAGGCUGUUGCUGUUCCAAACAGCCCGAUCAACACACAAACUGACAACAAAACGUCACAACCUGAUCAGACAGUUUCCGAAGAGGUUACUCGGCAAUCAUCGGGCGCCACCGGAGGCGAUACGGAAAGUGACGAACUAUUCCACGAGGUGGAGAGUCUGCUCCUCGAGCCCGUGCCGACAUCAAUGUCCGUACCGACACGGUUGCCAGUUCGUCCCAAAAAUCCUUUCGGUGAGAGGGGAACAGGAGAUGGAGAGUUCUGCUCUCCGGAAAGGAUCGCCGUCUCGGAAGACGGAGACGUGUUCGUUCUGGACUGCGGGCUGCAGAGGGCGACCAUCCAGGUGUUCGACUUGAACGGAGUGUUUCAGCAGAGGAUCUUUUUUGAGGAUGUGAACGUCAGGGCGAUGACCUUCCGGGAGUAUGAGAACCACAUCAUCGUCUUAGGCAGCUCCCCGAAAGAGUCGUGCAUGGUUCUACAAGAGUACAGCAAAUAUGGGUACCUUCAUCGGAGCAUGCGCCUUGGGAUCCCCUUCUUACGUAAGGCUGACAUCACAGAGUGCCCGGAUGGAAACAUCGCCAUUGUGGACGAGAAUUCUGGAAAUGUGUACAUUCUAGAUCCACAGGGAAAACGCGUGGCGACCUUUUCAGCAGACGACAACCCCGGCAGGUCUACGUCAUGCUCCAUAGCAACGGAUCCGACCAAUGGGAACAUCGUGGUGACCUUGGCCACCAAGGAAAGCGUCAAGGUGUUUGAUUCUUGUGGACGGUUUGACUUCGAGUUCGGUUCAUUCGGUAACGGUGACGGCCAGCUGUACCACCCCACGGGAGUCUGCACGGACAACAUGGGGAACAUCAUUGUGGCGGACUCGGGCAACCACAAGAUACAGAUGUUCGACUCGUCCGGAAGAUUCCUCAGGGUCAUAGCGUCAGACAGGGAGAAGUUGCAGUGGCCGCGGGCGAUAGACCUGACCAGUGAUGAUAGGGUAGUGGUGGCAGACACUGGAGCAUGCUGUGUGUUUCUGUUCCCAAUGUACUUCAGAUGACUUUUUCUGCUUAUCAAGUGCCAUGCUUAGAUUUUACCUAGUAGGGGUAUCCAACUGUCGGUAGGGUCCGAGUUUUGAGAUGUAUAGGUGCAUACAUAUGAUAAGUAUAACUAGUUCUAGACUAAACCACAGUGCGGAACACUAUCGUUAAUUAAAUGAAAUAUAUGUCUGCAUAGCUUCAAUCACAGUUGGCUGCCUGAAACAAGAUAUUUAAGCUUGCUUUGAUGGGUUCACGGUAGAAUGUACGGCCCAUAGAUAUGCUCCACCAGUUACACCCUGCUAGCAGAUACUGGUAUCACGUGAUCUCUCCUUUGGUGAUUAGGCUGUGCCUUAUUUCGGUGUUUUGGUUCCUUUCGGAAUGUUAGGUUGCAUGAGCGCUAUGUUUUAUAUAUUGAUAUAGUAUGAAUAUGGGUAGUAGACACUCAAAACAUGAAA